AUGAAUAGAGCCGACAGAGGGAGUGUGUUAGAGUGCAGCACAGUUUUUAGUUCUAAGAGGAAAGCGAAGGAUGGGGAGGGAUACGAUGUGGGCUCUGAGUGCCCACAUGGUUUUAGCCUAGAGCUGGAGUCUGAGUCGUCUGAGGCAACGGAUGUGGGGAUUCUGCUAUUUUUUAUGACUGUUCUUGUAACGCUCUUCAAGAAUCCAUUAGCAGAUUUGUUUGGAGGCUUUGCGAUUGAGGCUGUUGGGGUUGUGAAUCUGGGGUACCUGGUUCAUUCGACGUUUCUGAAGCUAUGUGCUAGGGCUGUGGAUUUGAGGGAAGAUUCGUGGAAGAGCAGUCUAAUGGUUGUGCACUUGUCCUUGCAUCUGGUGGCGAUUGAGGCGAUUGGAGUUAGUAUCUUUAGUUCUAGAGGAGGAUCAAGGAUGCUUAUGAAUAACCUUUGUAGGAAUCCGCUGGGGAUUUUUGUUGCCUUGAUACAUAUUCUUCAUGGGCAGGAUGCCAUGGAGCUUAAGUAUAGCAAUUAUGUCUGCGGGAGUAUACUGAGUGCUGCUUGGACUGUGGUGUUUGUUGCGAGCUAUAACUAUGAGCACGAUAUGAGUGAUAGUCUAGUGAGACAUAUUUUCCUGUUUAUGUUCCUUCAUGUGGUACUGUAUAGCAUGGAGAAUGAGAUUGUCAAGAGUUUAAGGAUUUCGAAGAAGAAGUUGAGGAAGAUCCAAGGGUUUGCAAGGAUAAUACCGUGCAUAGUGUGCAGUGUAGCAGGGUACUAUAUGCUGGGCAGGAUACUCACGAAGCGACUCUCGUACAUGGAGAUGGGCAACUCUGAUUUAUCAUUCUCAUUCUUAUUUUGA